AUGUCGGAAAUGAAGCAAAAUGACGGGGGUAAGGUGGUCGACCCAGAGGUAAACAUCGGCGAAAGCACUAUUUAUACAGACACAGCGGCGGAAAGAUCCUAUGUCAGGAAAAUUGAUUUCAUUGUGCUUCCAACUCUCUGCUUGAUGUACUUCUUCGACUGCAUGGAUCGAAGCAAUUUGGCAAAUGCAAAGACAGAUGGCCUUGAUAAGGACUUGAACCUCAAGGGAAAUGAUUAUUCUCUAUUGAUUCUUCUCUUCUAUAUUCCCUUUGGGUUGUUUGAUCUGCCAUGGAACCUUUUGAUCAAGAGAUUUUCAGGCAGACUAAUGCUCUCUAUUAUGUCUAUUGUGUGGGGAGUUCUAGCACUUUGCCAAUGCGCUGCUAAGGAUUUCGGCUCUCUACUUGCGAUCCGCAUCAUUUUGGGUGUUUUCGAAGCCGGCUUUUUUGCCGGAGCCACGUUUUACCUCACAUUAUUCUAUACACGCGGAGAAAUGGGAUUCCGUCUGGCUAUCGUGCAGUCAUUUGCGGUCCUGGCGUCUGCCUUCAGUGGCCUUAUCUCAUUUGGGGCAUUCCAGAUAAACCACCCAGCAGUCAAGGGAUGGCAAUGGCUAUUUAUCAUUGAAGGAUCGAUGACACUAAUUACCGGAGCUGCAGCAUAUUUCGUACUGCCGGAUGGGGCACAGAAAGCCUGGUUUUUGACUGACAGAGAGAAGGCGGCAGCAACAGCACGUCUGCUUCGGGAUACUUCGUCGGAGGUGGACACGCCAUUCAAUCUCAAGGCUUGCUUUGAGUCGUGGAACGACUGGAAAUUCCCAAUAUGGUGUCUUAUUACAUUCACAUACCCUGUCGCCUAUGCCACUGCAAUGAAUUUCUUCCCACUGAUUGUUCAACGGUUGGGAUAUUCCGUCAUCAAGACUAAUCUCUGGACGGUGGCACCAAAUCUCGUCGGAGCUGUAAUCCUGCUAUGCGUGGCCAAGUCAUCCGACUAUUUCCGUGAAAGAACACUUCACAUUGUCUUUUCCUUGACAGUUUCCUUGGUCGGAAUGCUUAUAUUAAUCGCGAUUGACGUUCAGAACAACACAGGGGUAGCAUAUUUUGCCUGUUUCCUAAUGGCAGCCGGAUCAUAUAUUCCAUCAUGCCUCGUCCAUGCCUGGCACAACAAUAACAACGUCCAUGAGAAUUCGCGAGCUGCCAAUACAGGGUUCUUUGUCGGACUGGGCAAUUUCGCUGGAGUAUUGAGCGCUGGCACAUUCCGAACCCAAUAUGCACCCAAGUAUGAGAUUCCGUUGAUUGGUGAGAAGUCAUUGCUGACUGAAAAAGGUAUCUACCAACUCUCAUAG